GGAUUUGGUUGACACUUGCUGCCACUUUGCUGUUUUUCUCCUUCCAAAAUUUUCAUGUGCAUGUGGAGUUCCUUUUUCUAAUACCUAUUUGAAAAAAGAAUGAGCCUGUCCAACAAAGGGGCUUUUACGAAAGACAUAAAGCUAAGUGCCACAGGAAAGACAACUACUUUGAAUCCAAAUGCUGCAGAAUUCAUUCCCUAUGCACUCAGAUCAUCAUCUGGAAGCUCUUGUAGUAAUGAUGCAUUGCCAAGGUUUCCUACAUUCGGCACUUCAACAUUAGGAAAAGCUAUACUAGGUCGAUCAGAGUCAUCUGUUUCAAAUAACUCAGAUGAUGAGGCCCACCAAUACCAGCAUCACCAGCUCCCUGAUGAUAUCACUCCUGACUUCAAGUCCAUGGGAGAAAAUGAUAGUCAAGAAAUUAACAGCAUCCCUUUUUCAAGCUUAUCCUUGACCGGUGUCAAUGAAAGCUCAAGGUUCUCUGCUUCAACUGGCAGCAGCUUUAUGUUGAAGGAGCAGCUGGAUUUAUCUCCUCACAGAAUCAAUGGUAACAGCUUCUCUGAGAAUAUGGGAUACUCUGUUUCAUCCUAUGGUGAAGUUCCAUCUUCAGCUAGCUUUCAUCAUAUGUCUACUAAACCAUGGGACAAGCAAACUGUGAACCAUGGUCAGCUUCAUACCAGUGGUAGAGAGGGGUCUCCUUACAUUGGGACUUCUAGACAAGGCUUCAUAAAUGACAUGUUAAAUGAGCAAGCCAUGGUGGAUAGUACAGGCAUGAAUCCUGUUGAGUUUUUGGCCGCACAAUUCCCUGGUUUUGCUGCUGAAAGCCUUGCAGAGGUUUACAUUGCCAACAAUGGUGACUUAAACAUGACAAUUGAGAUGCUUACUCAGCUUGAGGCAGUAUAUGUUACUGGGAUCAAUCAAACUAGCCCAAGACAAGAUCAAACCCAAAGUCGAAGUGCAAUCCAGUCACUUGCUCCAAGCCAGAUCAGGCCCAAGCUGGUUUGCUCUAGCCACUUCAGCCUAACUAAAGCCGGUUUAGAUCCCCAUUUUUGCCCAAAUCUCGUUGGUGGUGGCUAA